UAUAAAAAGGAGCAGUGAAGACCCCCACAACACACUUUCGAGCAUUCAGACACAAGUGGUAGCUCACUUACUUCCAACAGCACCAUGUACGCAAAGGUGAUCCUAGUUUGCCUCUUCGCGGUUGCUGCCGCUCAGGUUGAAGACCCACCCCAGCCAUACAGCUUCAACGUUGACAGCACAGACGAGUUUGGCAACCGUCUGAUUCAGUCCGAGUCCGGAGACGCCAACAACGCCAAGACCGGAACCUAUGGCUACCAGGCUGCUGACGGAACCUACCGUAAGGUGACCUACGUUGCCGACGCUGACGGUUUCCGUGCCACCGUGGAAACCAACGAGCCAGGAACCAAGUCUGAGAACCCAGCUGAUGUCCAGGUCAACGCCAACCCACAGGAGAACCCAGCCCCAGUCGCUAAGCCAGUCGUUGUCGCUGCCAAGCCAGUCCACGUAGCCCACGUCGUUGCUGCUCACCCUGUUGUCCACGCUGUCCACGCAGUGCCCGUUGCUUACCACCACGCUCCCGUAGCUUACACCCUUGGCAAGGCUUCCAGGCGCUAGGCGAUGAAGUAUUUCCACAACUAAGUGUUCACUUUGUGUUCUGGUAUUCCGUGCUUCUUGCUCUUAGGAUUAGGAUCGUCCCCACGUGUUCUCAAAAAGGCGUCUAGUCCCUCUUUCUCUCUCAUGUGCUUUGCCACCUUCUGAACUGCUCUUGUGUAUAUUUGUACAAAAAUUAAAACAAAUUUGUGCGACCAAA